GAAAGAGUAUGGUAACAUGUUCUUGAUAAAUUGACACAAAUUCGAUCAGUCUCUUGAGUCGAGUCUGUCAAUCAUUUCCGAUAUACAGAGAAUCGGAGGUGAAGAGCUGAGAAGUGAUUAACCUUGAUGCACCCACUAGAGAUACUUGGACAGAUAAUCUGCAGAAGUCACAAACGGGAACUAAUAAUUACUAGCACGAAGUAAUCCACAUCAUACCAUAAUCUCACCACAUACACAUACAUACAUACACACACACACAUCUCGACCACACCGGUGACCACUUUUUCUCGACAGACUUUUGUCAUAUGAAAAAUGCAUCUCGAGUCGAAACAUCGACCUACAUAUUGAUAUUAAUCGCAUCGACGCCAAGUGGUUGAGAAAUAACUCUUGAUUGUAGCAAAGCACAACGGUGAAGAAAAGCGUCUCAACGCACUGUUCGUGUAAAGCCACCUCGGGUCCACAACAUACAAAAUGGAGUUGUUUUCUCGCAUGCGUCCAAUGAGAUAUCCUCUGACAUGGCAAAAUUCAUUAAGCUGGCUUGACGAAUCAAAUUCCGCGAAAUCUCGCAGAAUUCUCCAUUAAUCCUGGAAUGAAAUCAUUUGUAAGGCUGGCUGGGCUGGCACGGUGAGAUUGGCAGGUGUUAUUUCAUCCCAGAGAAAGAGGCGGAAGAAAGAGACCAGCACAUAAGAAAUUUGAUCAACCACCUGCUAGGUAGUCAACCUCAACACCACCUUGAUCGACCUAACAUUUAUCCAGAACAGCAAAGACUGUAUUUUCGUAAAGACUCCAUCCAUUACAUGCUACACCCUUCAUCAAAAUGAUGUCGGAGGCUUGAGAAAGACGGCAAAUCGGUGCUGAAAAGAGCCAUAUUUGUGAUGAGUGUCACUGCAACGUUCUUGAGAGAUGGCUGAAAAUAAGUUGUGAUACAUUCUGUUGCAUCAAGCGAAUACUGAUCGAGAAAUCAAUACAUACGCGGGCGAGGGGGAAAAAAGGAAAGAAGAGAAAAGAGGCCUGCUCCUUCUACUUUUGUACAAAUUAUUGGGUUUUCACCCCUCACAUCUAGUUUCUAGGAACUCAAGAGUUUGCUACGAAGUGAUUCUGCAUUGCGCAUCUGAGAUUCAAUUUGGGAAAGCGCAUCAGAUCGCUCAUUGCUUGACGUCCUAUAUAUAUAUAUACCCUUUGCAGAACACCGAAUCGUCGUUUCCGCGGCCCUUCAGUCCUACCGAGAACAUUGAAGUCUCUUCGCCGUCAUCACGUUACACGAAACAACAUGGAUGAAUAUGAAGGCCAAAAGCAUGUUCAUCCUAAACGUAUAGUUCUAUGUUGUGAUGGAACAUGGAUGGAUAGUGACGAUGGAUUCACCAAACCAACGCUGAUUCCCUACAAACCAACUGGUACAUUGCAGACUCCAAGUAACGUGACCCGCCUGUCAAGAUGUCUUAGAAGAUAUGCUCCAGAUGGAACUCAUCAGAUCAUUUACUAUCAUUCCGGUGUUGGUACAGGCAGUAGUGUGUUGGAUACCCUCAGUGGGGGUAUGCUUGGCACUGGUAUUUCUGAGCACAUUCGUGAAGUCUAUAGUUUCAUUGCCGCCAACUAUACCCCCGGCGAUGAAAUAAUUCUGGUUGGCUUCUCUCGUGGAGCCUUCACUGCCAGAAGUGUUGCAGGAAUGAUCUCUGACAUCGGACUACUCACUCGCUAUGGCAUGUCAAACUUCUAUGCUAUAUUCAAAGACCAGGAAAACUUCAGAAAUGCCAGUUACAAGGAUAUCUUUCCGGAUAUCCCUUUUCCAGACAAACCAAAAGAUGGUGAUGAGUACAAGAAAAAAUUGGUAGAACAAAACCUAACCCGAGUUCAUGAUCCGAAUGGAUCUAGAAUCAGAGUUCAUGCGGUUGCUGUGUGGGAUACUGUGGGAUCUUUGGGUAUUCCAAAUAUUGCUCUCCUUGCAAAACUUGGACUUCCACAUUCUACUAAGGAGUACAAGUUUCACGAUACGAAUCUUUCCGGCUACAUUAGACAUGCUUUCCAAGCUUUGGCACUCGACGAACAUCGGAGACCAUUUAGUCCCGCGGUUUGGGAGAUAAGAGAUUUCGAAGAUGAGCCCACUGAUUUGCGACAAGUCUGGUUCCCAGGAAGUCAUGCCAAUGUUGGAGGGGGUUACGAUGAUCAGGAAAUUGCAAACAUUACUUUGGCCUGGAUGAUGGAUCAGCUUGCUUCCAUUGGGGUUUCUUUUCACGAUGACGCCAUUGACAUAAUAUUUCAAAAGAGUGUCCACUAUUACGAAACUUUACCACCUCCUUCCACGUCUAUCUUUAGGUUUUCGAAGCCAAUUAACGAAUGGGCAACGCCUGCCGUUUAUGAGAAACAUCAUCCAGUUCGUCCAUGGGCUCUUGGGAAGAUUUACAACUCAGAUACUGGAAUCUGGACCCUCGCAGGUAAAGAGACUAGAACUCCUGGUCUUUACCAUCGUUUAGAUCCAGAUACUGGUGCUUCGACUGGGGUACCAAUGACACAUACUAAUGAGCGUAUUCAUUCAAGUGUACGAAUCCGACUUGAUCUUGGGGGACUUGGUGAAGAAGACAUGACAAAGUAUAAGUGUCCAGCACUUUUAAAGAAAGGCCCCUGGCGCCUGGAUCAAAUUCGAAUCAAAGUCACUGAUCCUAUUCCGCCAACAGCUACAUGGGGUCCAACAGCUCCAGCAGCAUUAGACGAUGAACGAACCAGCGACCUGAGAUGGGUAUGGGAAUAUGAUGGACCAGAAAAGAAUGCACCCGUCAUUCAAACUAUUAUUGAAGAAAAUCUCGGCCCAUAUGAGAGAAAAUUACUCCUAUUGAAUAAAGGCCGGGUUGAAUAUCAAGAAUCACUCAUGCAUCGACGACGCAAAAAGAAAAAGAGAAGAUCUCAUCGAACAUCCAGAGCAGGGACAGAAAAGACUCAUAUGACAGCCGAUGAUUUAUUAUUAGGAGAUACGGCUGUGAAUGGAGAACUUGGAAGAAGGAGAAACAGAAGGGGAAGAGAUGAGGUGGUUAGUUAUGGGAGUGGGCCAGUGGUUAUUGGGGAGGAACUGGAACCGGAUGAGAAACUUGAUAAAUUGCAUGGGUUCUCGAGUUAUAAUGGGGAAAGAAGGAAGUCUCGACAACCAGGUGUCUAUGGCCAGGGAUUUGGGGAGAGAUUGGGAGAAUUACCAGUUAGAAGUCGCACGAGAGUUACGGCUGAUCCGAGGGAUUCGGAAUUGGAGAGAGAUAUGAGGGAGAUUGAGGAGAGAAGAGUGGGGAUUAGUGGGAACACGACAAAUGCGACGAAUUCGAGAAUUAGAAUUGUGCCCAUUGCAGAUGAGGAAAAUGAUAAGAAAGAUAGGCCUAGACGAUCUCGAGUCGAAAUACAACCUCAGGAACAGGAUGAAAUUGUCGUAUUCGAAGAACACGACAGUCCAGACGAGCGUCCAAAUCGUAGAUCUAGACUCGGCGUUCGCGAUCGUGCGAGGAGUACGGCAAGAACAAUCGAUACAUGGGAGAGAAGUGAAGUGGGCGAAAGUACGAUUUUUACACCCACGCCUAGAAAUAGAUCUCGAGGGCGGAGCGGACUAGGAGAAAGAGAUUUGAAGAGUCCGGGUAUAAGUGUCAGAGAAAGGGAGUUGAGUGUUCCUCGAAGUGUAGAUAGUUGGGAGCGAAGCGAUAUUGAAAGUACCGUUUUGACCCAAAGAGAGAGGGAGAAAAGUAAGACGCCAAAAUCGAGGGGGGCAAGAGCGAGAAGUACGGCGAGAACGAUUGAUACGUGGGAGAGGAGUGAGGUGGGAGCGAGUACGGUUAUGAGUGGGCCGAAUGGUGGGGAGAGAACGCCAGGAACAAGAAGUGGGGUUAGUGCGAGGGCUAGGGAGAGGAGUAGAGUGGAUAGGGAGAGGGAAAGAGAAAGAGAAAGGGUUGAAAAAGAAAGAGAGAGGGAGAGGGAUAGUGGGUACGAAGGGGAGGGAGAGAGAUGGCAUGGGAGGGGAUACAAUUAUGAUGAGAGAAAACGCGGGCAUAGUCCCGUGCCCAGUAGACUUGGAGAGAGUAGGAGAGAUCGGCAGAGGUGGAGUGAAAGGGGGAGUGGAAUGAGUACUGGGGCUAAAAGCUAAGGGUUGUGAUUGAGUUGAGAAAAGCCCCGGAAGCAUGACAUAUCAGACGAAAGGGAGGGGAAAAUCAAGCUAUGAAAAAAUCAGAAGAUCAGAAAGGAGAUGAUUUGACGAUUCGGUGGUACUAGAUUGGAUACGUAUUUGUUUUUCCGUUUUUGUUUGGACUUUAGGAGUUUUGACUUUUGCUUUUAUAUUCCCCACGCAGAAAAUGAGUUGAAGAUUAAUGGUUUACGAAACUGCAUAUGGAAGAAUCGGAAAAUCAAGAUAUGGAAAUGAAUAAAAGUUCAUAUAUGAAGAUACGAGGAUUUCAAUAUGAUGGAUGAUAAAUGAUGGAUGAUGGAAUGAUGUAUGAGAUAGAUGUUUGGAUAAGUAUUUGGAUUUGGAUUUACGCAUGCGAUGCGAUUAGUAGAUUAGAUUGAAUAUCUACUCUUUAUGAUUCGUUGUUCUGUUUGAAUGGCUUUUUUUGAGGGUGGUUGUGAGUGAGAUGGGGGUGGGGGAGGAUGGGAAGAGGGAGGGGAAUUAUAAGAUAAUUUACAGACUGCGAGAAUGUCAUUGUGUUGAGGGGAGGGUUUCGCGGAAUGCUUUUGUGUACUAUAAGGAUUAGAUGUUUCAUGAAUUAGAUUUUAGAGAGUUUUUAUUGGCUAUAUAUAUAUGUGUGCGUAUAUGUGUGUAUCUAGUUCUGUUUGUCGUAUUGGUGUGGUGUAAUACCUAAGACUUGUUGAUGCUAGAGUAUGGGGAGGCUUCCUCUGCCCGUCCUUUCUUGGUUGAUGAAAGGACAUGAUAAGGAUGAGAAAGACGGAGAGGAUGAGAAAGAUGGAGAGGAUGAGAAUAGAGGGAGAGAAAAGGAAACAGAAAAGCUUGAAAACUAUAUGAAAGAAUGUAUAUGUUGAUAUUGGAUGGGUAUGUGGUAGCGUGGCGAUGUAAUACUACUUGUUGUUGUGUUAGAGUUAUGGAAUUAAUGGGGGGUUUUGAUGCUAGGGGGAGGGAGGGGGAGGAAAAGAAGGACGAUGGGCUCUAGAAUAAAUCAUGUGCGCGGCA